AGAACAUGGUAAAUUACUGUGAAUGUUUGAUUGAUUGACAAAUAAGUAAAAACGUCCAAACAAAUUACAAUUUAUUUAAAUCAGUCAAACAAGUAUGUUAUUCAUCGAAGCUCUCACACGUACGGCGCAAAAUUUUUGCAUUUAUGUGGUUAUUAUGAUCAUCUACAAAUUUAUUAUAAAACCAAUAGUCCAAUAUAAGUUCGGCGUACGCCAGUGGCUCUUGUAAAUUCAUAUUGAAUUAGUCAUCAUUUGAAUAUUAAAAAUCUUAAGUGGAAAACAUGGUGGACACAUUCGGGACAAUCCAAAAAAAGGAUUUUAUAUGGCCAUAUCCAAAGCCAUUAAAGCUAAAACCAUCACAACCUCCAGUUAAAAUCAAACCACGAAAUUUCUUCGUUGCCAAAGCAGUAGAACCAUAUUGUCACUGUGAUGCACAUUUGUAUGACCCACAACUUAAAAGAUACGAAAAACUCGCAGAGAAAGAGCGACAACUUCAUCAUGAAUUAAUUCUACUCAACGAACAAAUUGCAACUUUGAGUAAUGAAAUCUUAGACCAUCCGUGCGAUACAGAUGACGAUAAAAUCAAAAGCACGUACCAGAUUGAUUACGCGAAACGCGGAAUUAAUAUAACGCAAUACAGAAAACUGAUCCCUGCAAUCGAAUCGCCCGUGGGUGUCCCGGUGAAAUCUCAAAGCUCGGAUCCAACACAAGCGUACCGAGACCCAACCAACUUCCGCUACUCCUGCUUCCAAACGCCUAUCAUCGACCCUUGCAAACCUGUCACCUUCGUACAAUCAACAGACGCUGAAGAUAAAUACAGCAAGACAUUGACUGGUCGUUCUGAAUAUCAAGACACCGUUUCCAAGAUCGGCAUGUCGAUCAUUAAAAAUAGACAGCAGUACGCGGAACCUCUGCCGUCAUCACGUCGUCGAUACGGUGAUAGAAACUUAUAAUUUAAAUUGAUUUUAAGUUAUUACAAAUUGAUGAUGAGCUUUGAAAAUGUAAUUUUAAAUUUUGGGUAUCAAGAGGAUUUCAAAUUGAAAAUUUAUGUUUUGUUUACGCAAACUUGAAUUUCCGAAUGUUUUUAUAAACGUAAUAAAUUACUAGCCUUCAA